UGGUUGAUACGAAAAUACCACAUUUCGCCUUCGAACUGAGGAGCCGAGAGAGUGUGGCUGUACAAUGGAAAAGGUCUUAUGUGGUGUCCACGGCUGCUUGUGUCUGCUGAAAACGGGCGUGAAAGAUGGACCGAAUAAAGGCAAAAGCUUCUACGUCUGCGUUGACAAGCAGGGCUGUGAUUUCAGUCAGCUGGCCAGCAUCUCACCGUCCCACUGCCUCCAUCAUGAAGAUUCAAUGGUGGAACUUCAAGCUCUCACCUACAAUCUACAGCAUCAGAGUCACAGGUUGUUCUAUCGAUGUGUUAUAGGUAAAAAGGCAGGCCAGAAGUGGUGUGGAAACGUGCCUUGGAGUGUGCCAGAGAAAGAAAAUAGAAACCCUCGAUCAGACACACAUCUACAACCCUCUUGCCUGCCACCUGCCAGGAACCCCUUUAAAGCCCCCGAGAGGACAGAUAAGGACUCUGAGAGGAGAAGGAUGCAGGGUGGUGGAAGUAAUGAGAAAAGAAGCGAGGAGGAAGAGAGUGAGUCAAGCCACAAGGCUAAAGGAAGAGACAGCUAUCAGAAAGAAAAAGAGGAGAGUGUGAGUACAGGAAGAAAAGAAGAGGCGGAAAGGAAGCAAAAUGUGUCUGACUCUUACAGAGGUGUUCAACUUCCAGCAGGGAUGAAGUUAAAAAAGAGAGUUUCAGAUGAGGAGAGACACUGUGCUGAUGCUAACAGUGUGGACAAAACGACGGAUAAGACGCGAAACGAGGAUAAAGAGAAGAGCACGGAGCAAGCCGAUAAAUCAAAGGGUGUUCAUCCUGAGAAAACAGAUCAAGCCACACAGGAUCCUCACAAGGGCUCACUUCAGAAACCUGCCGAUGGAGAAACAUCUGUGGUGAAACAAGUCAACCCUUCUGUAAAAGACACUGCUUCUAAAUCUACACCCAGUAUCAGCACCCAGGCCUUCACAGACUCAAAAACCACCGGGAAACCAACAUCUGAGAAACCAACACAAUCGGAGCCCAGUCAGAAACAACAAGAAGAUGAUGAUGAUGAUGAUGAUGUUGUGGUGGUGUCAGUGAAACCUGCUUCUCAGAAAACUCCUCCUGUUUCCGCCGUGCAAAAGACCCUGACUGCCUACCCGGGAUUUAACCCAGCCUCUGUGGUCAAAAGUCAGCGGGAAGAGCCCAAAGGCAUGCGUAGUCUGCUCACUGCUCAACUCCAACAGAAAAAGGCCACUCUGUCCGCGGUGAACUUGGCCGCUCUGCCAGACAAAGGGGAGAGGUUGAGGACUCAGGUCAAAGAGCUGGAGGACGCCCUGGAGUCUCUGAGCCUCACCGCUGCGUCUCAGCCCGAAUCACUUUCAGGUUCCCAGGGUGCAAGUAACAGCAGUGAUGCUAGUGAAGGUAGCAUCCAUGUUAAUCCAUUCAGCAGGAAGGGGGGCACCAUCCUGCUCCCUGCCCCACCAGCCACGGGCCCCUCCCAACACCAGGCCUCCAGCAGCUCCCUGGGGCUUCAGCUGAGCCAGGGAUACAGCCAGAUGUAUGGAGCGAACGCCUUUUACGGCGGAAGGAUGACCGACGGCCGUCUGCUGGCGGUGAAAAAUGCCACUUGCGAAGCCAUCGACCAUCUCCACAAAUCCUUAGAGUCCUGCCCUGAUGCUGAGGCCGAAGUGACGGACCCGAGGGGCAUCAAGGUUUCGCUCCUCGCCCAUCAGAGGAAAGCUUUGGCCUGGCUGCUCUGGAGAGAAGCUCAGAAUCCCUGUGGAGGAAUUCUGGCGGACGACAUGGGUUUGGGGAAAACUUUGACAAUGAUCGCUCUCAUACUUUCCCAGAAGAUAAAGGCGAAAGAGGAAGAUAAAAAGAAGGAAGAGAAGAAGCCGGAGAGCUGGAUUUCAAAGUCUGACUCGAGCGUCGUGGUCUCUAAAGGCACUCUGAUCAUCUGCCCCGCCUCUCUGGUCCAUCACUGGAAGAGGGAGAUUGAAAGACAUGUGAAGACGGGCAAGCUGACUGUGUACCUGUACCACGGCCCCAACCGUGAGAGAAGUGCCAAAGUACUAGCAGAUCAUGAUGUGGUGGUUACUACAUACAGUUUGGUCUCUAAGGAGAUCCCAGUCCAGAAAGAUGAGGGAAAACCCAGCAAAGAUGCUGUAGCUGUGACGUCACGCUCAGCUCCUCUUCUGCGCGUGACCUGGGCCCGGGUGAUUCUGGACGAAGCACACAACAUCAAAAACCCCAAAGUGCAAACCUCCAUGGCGGUCUGUCAGCUGAGGGCUCGUGCACGCUGGGCUGUCACUGGCACUCCCAUCCAGAACAAUCUACUGGACAUGUACUCACUGCUCAAGUUUCUGCGUUGUGCUCCGUUUGAUGAGUACAAACUUUGGAAAGCUCAAGUAGACAACGGCUCCAACAGAGGCAGAGAGAGACUCAACAUCCUGACCAGGACUCUGCUGCUCCGACGCACCAAAGCCCAGAAAGACACCACAGGAAAACCACUGGUGUGUCUUCCUGAUCGAACCUGUGAGGUGCAUCAACUUAAGCUCCAAGAUGAAAAGGCUGUCUAUGAUGUGGUCUUUGCCCAGUCCAGAUCCACUCUACAGAACUACCUCAAGAGACACGAAGGAAACGACUUGAAAAAGGGGAGUACUUCCAGCUCCAAUCCCUUCGACAAAGUUGCCCAGGAGUUCGGCAUGUCCCAGGCUGACCCUGCUCUGUCCGGUUCCCAGCAGCCCCAGCAGGCGUCCAGCACCGUCCACAUCUUGUCCCUGUUGCUGCGCCUGCGACAGUGCUGCUGUCACCUGUCACUCCUAAAGAAGACUCUUGACUCGACGGAGCUGCAGGGUGAUGGGAUCGUCUUGUCCCUGGAGGAGCAGCUCAACGCUCUUUCGCUCUCCUCCAGCCCCUCGCCAUCGGGUCCGGACCUUAAAGACACUGUCGCUCUUAACGGCACACGCUUCCCCUCACAGUUUUUUGAGGAAACCAGUGAGAGCUCCAAGAUUUCUGCCAUCGUCUCUGAGCUGAAGGCGAUCAGGGAGAAGAGCGCUGAUCAGAAAAGCGUGAUUAUAUCCCAGUGGACCAGCAUGCUCCACAUUGUAGCCGUUCACCUGAAGCAGAUGGGCCUGAGAUACGGCGUCAUCGACGGGACGGUCAACCCCAAACGUCGCAUGGACCUGGUGGAGGAAUUUAACACUAACCCGAAAGGACCACAGGUGAUGCUGGUUUCUCUCUGUGCUGGAGGGGUUGGGCUCAAUCUCAUCGGGGGGAAUCAUCUCUUUCUCAUCGACAUGCACUGGAACCCAGCUUUAGAGGAUCAGGCAUGCGACCGGAUCUACAGAGUCGGACAAACUAAAGAUGUCACCAUCCACAGGUUUGUGUGUGAAGGCACAGUGGAGGAGAAGAUUUCCACACUGCAGGAGAAAAAGAAGGAGCUGGCCCAGAAUGUGCUGUCAGGAACAGGAAGCACCUUCACCAAACUCUCCCUGGCUGACCUCAAAAUCAUUUUUGGUGUCUGAGACGGAAGAGAACAGUCAACCCCCACAGUUACACCAGACAGCUGUUAAUUCAAACACUCAAAGUUCAGGUUGUAGGGCUGAAACUUGGGAUAGUUUUUCAUAUAUCUUGGUUGAAUGUUAUACACUAAUAUCAUCAUACAUAUACAAAUUCAUGUAUUACCUGUGUUUGAGAGCACAUGUUAAAGUAUACAAAAGGUCUCCAUGCGCCUCUUAUUUUAUUUUAGUACAUAAUUAUUGGUCAGCCUCUUUGUGCGUUUGUAUGUGUAGCAAAUUGACAAAUACAUUUUAAGAUGUGUAAAUGCUUUUACGUUCUUAUAUUUUUUCUUUCUUAUGUGAAAGUCUGUUUAGUUUCUAGUAGCUGAAGCUCUUUUUGGAGUGAAGCAAACUCUCCCUUUUAUUUGUGUUAUGCUCGUUGGCCUUGUUUUUAAAUGCAUCAUAUGUAUGUGUGGUGUAUUGUUGAGUGAUUAUGUUUUAAUAAAUGUAAGUGUUGAAAGUUAUUGUA